GUGAUUUGCCGUCCCGCUGGACUGCUUUUCGGUCCCUCGCGUCGUGCUUCACCUGGUGGUCGGUCGUACGGAGGCAGCCCCUGCGCUGGAAGAACUGCUCCCUCCGCCGUUGCGAAGCUGGGAUUCCUGUGAGCGAAGGCGCCGGCUCUGAGGGGUCGGAUCUCGGCGCCAUCGGUCGCCGCUAACCCUAUGUCCAUUUCAGGCCAGGCCAUUUCCGGCGAAGUUCUUCUUCUUUCCUUGGCAACAGUCCCUGAAGGUCGCCAUAGACGGCCGUCUCUUUAGCUCCGACACGCGGGCAAGAGACAAUCGUGGGGCGGCACCUGGUGUUUGCUCUUCUCCUCGUUGGCUAUGGCAGAAAGCGGCGGUAAUCCCCCGGCUUCCGCGGCGGCGGCGGCAGCUGCCACGCGUUCCUUCGCUCAGGCUGCAGCUGCCGCAGAGCAGGAAAUGCCUCUGCGCGUCGUGAGGGUGGAUGGUCUUGUAGCGUUGAAGAUAAUCAAGCACUGUAAGGAGUGCAUGCCGGCUCUCGUGACGGGCCAACUUCUGGGCCUGGACAUCGGCAGUACGUUGGAGGUGACCAACUGCUUCCCCUUUCCUAAUCGAGGAGGCGAGGACGAUGAAGACCUGGACGCCGAUGGAGCGAAUUAUCAGCUGGACAUGAUGAGAUGUCUGAGGGAAGUGAACGUGGACAACAACACGGUCGGAUGGUAUCAGUCGACGUACAUGGGGUCGUUCCAGACGGUGGAAUUAAUCGAGACCUUCCUUAAUUACCAGGAGAGCAUCAAGCGGUGCGUGUGCAUCAUCUACGACCCGCUGCGGUCCGGUCAAGGCGUGUUGUCGUUGAAGGCGUUGAAGUUAACGGAGUCGUUCAUGGAGGUGUACAGGGCGCAGAACCUGACAGGAGAGAAGUUGAGGGAGAAGGGGAUCAACUGGACGAACAUUUUCGAAGAGAUUAGGGUUGAUGUCUACAACUCCUCGUUAGUGGCGGCGCUGAUGACUGACGUGGAGACCGAUGCGUACGUCACACAGUGCGACUUUGAUCGGCUCGGGUUGUCGACGAGUCCCUUCCUUGAAACGAACAUGGAGUUCCUGAUCGAGUGUAUGGAGGACUUGUCCCUUGAGCAACAACGGAUUCAGUAUUACCAGAGGUCAGUGGGGAGGCAGCAAGCGCAGCAGUCGGCGUGGCUGCAAAGGAGGAGAGCGGAGAACGCGGCAAGAAAGGCGGCCGGUGAGGAACCCCUUCCCGAGGAGGACCCUAACAACCCCAUCUUCAAGCCUAUUCCGGAACCAAGUCGAUUGGAUGGCUUCCUGAUCACCAAUCAGAUCUCUAAUUACUGCGGGCAGAUUACGCAAUUUGCAGGUCAGAGUCUGGGGAAGGUGUACCUCAUGGACGCGCUGAAGGCCGAGGAAUCGUGACGCGUGUCUCCCCUCGAGCCGGGGUGGUGUCGGGAAACCAGUCGAAUUGAGGGGUGAUUGGGUUUCGUAGGCGGAAGUAUGAGUGGUGGGGGGUUGGCUGGCGUGGUUUCGAAAGGCAAUUUUGCUUGGUUGGAUUGACUGAGAGGACGGGCGUCGCCUGACUGAUGAUGAAUGAAUGAUGAGUUAAUCAAGGGAAACGUUUCUGGGCGGAUGGAGAGAUGCACUGGAUGAUGACCUGGCCGGUUGAAGUCCAGGGGAGGUGUACUCGUCUCCCUGCAUGGAUGUAUGCGCUCGGAACUCAGAUCUCUGUAUACAGGUGGCGGGUGUUGAGUGCCUCUGAGGGAAGCGACGUGAGCGGACUCGUCAGCAGGAGAAUCGUGAGUAACUAACUAUAUUCCCCUGCCGAUGACGGCCGUGUGUGGCUCAGUCAGUGCUUGUGAGUAUAUCAGCUGUGACCUCGCAGCGGCGCUAUGCUGUUGAUUGGCACAACGGCGGGUCGGUUCGUGGGUAAACACUGUUCUCAAAGUGAAACCUUUUUACUGCACUGCGGACUAUAUGGGGCGGUAAGGAAUGGAGGGGCGAUUAUUCUUCUCGGACGUGGAUGUCUCUCUGGGCGUUGCUGGGGUCGGCUCUGUGUGCGUGUGGGUGUGCAUGUGUGUGUGUGUGUGUGUGUGUGUGUGAGAGAGAGAGAGAGAGAGAGAGAGAGAGAGA